CCGGAAGAGGAUGGCGGCGGGAUGGCGCCUGGCGUGGACGCGGCUCUCGUUCCGGCUCGGGCUGUUGGCCUUGGCCGCCCUGCUGGGGUCGGACGUGGCCCGCGGCGCCGGCUCGGAGCCCGGCCGGUGGCAGCUCGAGAUCAGCGGCCAAAGCGAAAGCGAGCACUUGUUUGUGUUCCCCAAGACGAUGUUUAAUAGGACCGCAGUUACUGUCAAAUUUUUGAAUGAGACCUGUGAUACAGAUGUCAUACUUUCCAUCACCUGCUACCUGCGCAGCUCCCGAUGUCAUGACGAAGUCUACAUAAAUGAAAAGAAAGCCAUCAGCUACCUGAGUAAAUACAGGUCCACAGACAGCCUCGUUGGGGGCGGCCAGUAUGUUUACCAGUCCAAGGAUAUCGCAUGCCACAAUCUCAAUGAGCUGCGUAAUUGGGAACUCCCUUUGCCCCAAAAGCUGGAGACUCCUCAGGAGGCCCAUGUGCCCAAUUCGGACCCACCUGGUAAGACCAAGAGGGAAGCCCCGAAAUCGGCAGAAGACCAGAAGACACCCCCCAAUGCGAAGCCAGGACCCGUAAAGGAUACUGGCAAGGAGCAGGCAACGAGCGUGGCGCAGCCAAAGGUCCCUCCGCCUGCAGAGGAAGCAAAAGCUGAUGGGGGGAAAAAGGGCACUCCUGCGAAGGAAAAGCCAGAGCUGCCAGCGAUGGCAACGACGUGGGAUGACGGGCCGUACGUCUUCAUCCUGAAGAUCGCCGGACGUGCCCAGAACUGGAAGCUGAAGGUUGAUGUGCAGAUGAGGCACCCAGAGCACCACUACAUCUCUGCCUCGGAGUGGCCCCUCAUGGUGUUCUAUAUGGUGAUGUGCAUAGUAUACGUGCUGUACGGGGUCCUGUGGCUUGUCCUCCUGGCCUGCUACUGGCGUGACAUCCUGCGCAUUCAGUUCUGGAUCGGCGGGGUCAUCUUCUUGGGCAUGCUGGAGAAGGCCGUCUUCUAUGCUGAGUUCCAGAGCAUUCAGAACCAUGGAGUGUCGGUCCAAGGGGCUGUGAUAUUUGCGGAGAUCCUCUGUGCUGUGAAACGGAUGUUGGCGCGAGUCCUCGUCAUCAUUGCCAGCUUGGGAUACGGCAUUGUCAAGCCCCGGCUGGGUGCCCUCCUGAACCGCGUGGUGGGUGUCGGUCUGAUGUACUUGGUCUUCUCCAUCAUAGAAGGGAUCCUGCGGGUGAAAUCGGCACAAGAUGACUUGGUAUUGCUGGCUGCCAUUCCCCUGGCUAUGCUUGACUCUGCCCUCUGCUGGUGGAUCCUUAUCAGCCUGGUCCAGACGAUGAAACUCCUGAAACUCCGCCGGAACCUGGUGAAACUCUCACUCUACCGCCAUUUCACCAACACGCUCAUCUUUGCAGUCAUCGCAUCCAUUAUCUUCAUUAUCUGGACCACCAAGACUUUCCGGCUCGCCGUGUGCCAGUCAGACUGGCGGGAACUCUGGAUCGAUGAUGCGUUCUGGAGGUUUCUCUUCUCCAUCAUCCUGUUAGUUAUCAUGUUCCUCUGGAGACCCUCGGCUAAUAACCAAAGAUACGCUUUUAUGCCCUUGGUGGAUGAAGGCAGUGAGCCAGAGGAUGAGGAGGAUGAGCAGAUGGUCAACAAGGCCUUCGGGAUGAAGAAUAGAGGCACAAAGCCUGAAGCCAACGGGAUCCUCAAGGGAAGCCGAGUGGAUGAAGACUUGAAAUGGGUUGAAGAAAAUAUUCCCUCUUCUAUGGCUGAUGUCGUGCUGCCCCCUUUGCUAGACUCUGACGAGGAAAUAGUAACCACAAAGUUUGAAAUGUCCAAGAUGGAAUGAAGUCAAGAGCGAAGUCAAGAUUUGAUGACUAGCUGUGCUCUUGUCCUGUUGGAUUUUGCGUGGAUCGAGGCGCGGAUGGUCACCUUGUUCCUUUUUACACGUGCAUAUAUAUAGAUAUAUAUAUACAUACACACACACACAUAUAUAUAUAUUUGUAUAUGGUUAAAAGAUUAUUUUAUUACCGUUUGCGUUUCUGACUGGAGCUAUGGGGCUUUUUCUGGGCAGGGUCUCCUGCCUGCCCCGUCAGCCAGGAGAGGAAUUCCGACAUGGUUGUGCCGCCGGUGGGACGAUCCGACUGACUGUGUUCCACCUGCAUCUCCCAGACUGUAUUUGGAACUAGUAUUUCUCCAGCUGUGUGUACCAGCACCAGUUUGUAAGAUCAGCCCGUGUUCCCUGCCGUUGUCCUGGCCCUGGCUUUCCACUGGUGCCUGGCACUGCGUUAGGUGGUGCAAAAGUAUUGGGUGUACAUACGACUCUGGAGGGGGGGGUGGGAUUGUGUCCAAGUUCGUUUCAAGGACGGGGAGGCAUUUCUCUCCUCCUUCCCAAAGUCAACCUAUGAUGAUACGGAGUGGGAUGUGGUGACCAAAGGCUGUGUGAGUGUGUGUGUGAGUGAGAGAGAGAACAUAACAUGUACGUGAUUGUUAAUGACAUCUUCAAGUCCAGUGUAGGGAGGAAGAGGAUCGUGGAAGAUCAGUCUGGGGUUGAGUGCCUUUGAGUGGUGCUCUUAGGAGAGGCGGAAGUGCUCGGUUGUGUGGCAAAGAUUGGAUCGGGCAGCAAGUGAACUUCGGCGGGUGACAACGGACAGUUCCUUGCUGCAAAUGAGAACAGGGUCCAUUGUGAGCGUUCCGGCACGUACUCGGAACGAGAAGGGUCUGGGCUGACUCCCCACAACAAGUGAUCCCUGCCCACCUCUCUAAAACUAUUUCUCAAACUCUGCUGAGGGAUGGAGGACGCUUGCGGAGGGGUCCAGCUGUGAACGCACGGCUGCUUGUGUUUGAUGAGCAACUGGCUGCAUUUUGGCAGCUGUUGGUGCGGUGGAGGUGGGGUGUUGGUUCCCACAUGCGAAUGCCGCAACAUGACACUCUUGAGCAUGCUCUUACAUGUUGCAGUAGAAGAACAUUCCUCUUCCCCCUCCCCUGGGGAGGGGGGGUAGCAUCAGGUGGGGAAAAAUAAACCCUUCUGUGCACAACACGCCCUCCUUUCCCACCUUUUCAUUCCAUCUCUGCAUUCUCUGAACUUCCUUUACUGCUUCAGCAGAAGAGACCCUUCUUGGCCCCAAAUGCCUGACGCACACAGUACCCAACUCUGCAUUCAUUUACUUAAAUUGGAAGAAAAAGAGUUUGUUUGCUCAGAGCUGUGGCCUGAAUUCUCCAAGGUGUAGGAGUUGCUUUGGCAACAGCUGAGUCCUCCCCCUACCUUCACCCUUUCACUCACUCUCACACACGCUCACACCUGGGUCCAUUUCCUCUGACCUGAUAAUGAUGCUUUAAGGUGACCUGGAUUAAUAAGUGGGGGAGGAAGAGAGAAAAUAAGAUUUCUUCUCCAAUAACCUUUAUUUAUUUGCAAUUGUACAUACGUUGUCUUCACUUGGGGAGGAAAACCUUGUGUGUGUGUGUGUGUGUUAUGCAAUAAUAUUAAAAACAAAAUCACAUCCUCUA